GCGCUGGGGCUGCUGGGCUGCGUCGAUGAGGUGGUGGCGGCGGUGGCCUCGACGUGGGGUCCGAUGAGCGGCGCGGGGACCCGGGUGGAGGCGGCGCCGAGGCUCGCGCAAUGGCGCGUCGACGCGCUCCCCUGCUACACCUACCGCAAGUCCGACCCCUUCCGCGUCGGCCUCUGGAACUGGUACAUAUCUGUGGAGAGAAACAACAAGCAAACUUCAGUUAAGCUCUUUGCUGAGUUAUCGAACUCUGCCAAGAACACAGCCCCGGCACCCAUAGCUUCCUUUGUAGCGAAACUUCUGAUAUCCUUCCCUCCAAAUCAGAAGAUCAUAGUUCAUCCAGGAAUCUUUGACAAGCAUCUGAAACACGACGGAUUUGUGUGGACGAUUGAUAGCAGUGUAACAGGAAGAUUUGUUAUCGAGAUAGAGUUUCUGGACCUGAAAGUUGCAGAUCCAUCUGGUGGUGAACCUGCCUCAGUUUGGGCCUCAAACGAAAUCAGGCAGUCUUCAGACAGCACUGCACUGUCAUCCCUUUCAAGAAUGCUGCAAGAAGGCAUCCUAUGUGACAUCACAAUUAACGCCGAUGACGGCAGCAUAAGGGCCCACCGCGCGAUCCUGGCCACCAGAUCACCCGUGUUUAGGAGCAUGUUCUCACAUGACCUCAAGGAGAAAGAGCUCGCCACCGUCGACAUUUCUGACAUGUCCCUCGACGCGUGCCGGGGCUUCCUCAACUACAUCUAUGGCGAUGUACGUAACGAGGAGUUCCUCACCCACAGGCUGGCCCUCCUUAGAGCCGCUGACAAAUACGACAUCGGUGAUCUGAAGGAGGCGUGCCUCGAAAGCCUCCUAGAAGACAUCGACACGGGCAACGUGAUCGAGAGGCUCCAGACAGGCCAUCUGUACCGGCUGCAGAGGCUCAAGGAUAGCUGCCUGAGGUUCCUCGUCGACUUCAGGAAGGUGUACGAGAUGCACGAUGAAUUCAACGUGUUCCUUCAGACAGCGGAUAGAGAUCUGGUGGCUGAAGUGUUUCAAGGUGUCCUUGCAGCAUGGAGUGGCCGGUGACUGAGCAUAGGAUGUUGGCAUCCAUCUGGGGACUGGCUGGUGGUUUCAUUGGUGCAUUGGUUUGAUGGAUUCUUGCUGAUACAGCAUGUAAAUAGAGCUUGCGUACAAGCCAUUAUUAGUUGCCAAUAACAUUUAAUGUGUAUACCCGAUUGGAUUUUGUUCGUGUCAUAUGGUAAUCCAAUUCAUGUAUAUUAGACUCUGCAUUCUGUAACAUAUCUAGGUGAUCCUGUACACUGUAAGUCUGCAAAAUGACAGUAAUUUUGUGAAGCCGCCAAGUGAGCUUCCUCCCUCUUUGUGUUC